AUGGCAGUUUCUUCAUGUGAUGUGACGACUAAAGUACCAAGAGGAGAAACAAAACGUGUUUCCACUGGACAGAAUUUGAAAGUCAAGUGUCCCGUCCAACACUGUGGGAAGUCAUUCAAUGUCGGCUGGUCUAAAUUCUCUGCCACAUUAGCGAACUGGGAAGCUAUUCCAGAUACGGAGAACAUAAAAAUCACACAGAAAUAUGACAAAGAGAAUGUGAUUUCAUAUUUAAGUUUUGAGCAGGUUUCCAUUAAUGAUGACGGCCUGUACCAAUGUACUGCAGGACACAAUAACGAAGUAGUCGGCCAUUCCAUCAACAUCUCAGUUUCAGAACCAAACAAAGGAGUAGAAAACCCUGAUGAUGAUGCAGACAGUAUUGACGACGGUCGCUCCUCACUAUUCAUCUUCCUGAUCUGUGUUAUUAUUAUAUUUCUGAUCGCUGCAGCGAUAGUGUGGGUCCCCAUGUGCUUUCAUGGAUGGAAACAAACUUGGACUUGCAACAAUAAAAACAAAGCGAAAAUAUCCACACAUAAGACACCGGAAUCAAGGGCCCCUUCUUCUCCCAGCCUGAAAACUCAGAUUUCAGUUCUGAACGACAUCUAUUCUUCAUGUAAACCAGGAACAACAUCACCAUCACCUGCUCUUACUCUCACUGGGAAUGCAAGUGAGAUGAAAGAUGUGGAGGCCAAGUUAAUGUGA